CACCGGAAAUUGCGCAGGUUUUUGGGGAGUCAAGUGACAACUGUUAGUGAUGAUGGGACAUAAAAAUGAUACAGUGUUCUUUCUUACCAUCCAUCUACAGUCUGGGUUUUCCUGAUGAGACGUUGACAUCAAGACAGACACCCCGCUGGGUAUAUGACCAGCUUGCUGAGUCGAGAGAGCAUUUUCAUGUUUUUCCAUCCACUGGACAUUUGGCGAGGUUGAGGACAAUUUAGGCUAUUGGACAACAGCAAACAUGAAACGUGGAAUUUACAAGACAAACAUCUGUCGCAGUAUCUGCUUGGAUUUGAUUGGACGUAUGAAGUAGCCUAAAGAACGGCUAUCUAAAAAAGAACAAAUAGCGUGCAUUUGAUAGCCUACUUCUGGAUUGGAAACAUGAACGAUACACGUAAUUCAUCUACACAUACGUUGCCUGACAAGACAGCUGAAGCGAUGGCUGUACCCGUAUUAAUGUUUGCAGUUGGUGUCAUUGGAAAUAUAAUAGCAAUAGCCGCUCUUUCUGGAUCUAAGCAGGAGCGCAAAUCCUCCGCGUUCUUCGCCCUAGUUUGUGGUUUGGCUGUGACGGAUCUGCUUGGGACUUGUUUGGCCAGCCCAAUCACUAUAGCAACUUACCUCAAUGAAAAUGUGUUAUAUGAUAAUACUAACCUUUGUGAAUUCCAUUCCUUUUUGUUGCUGUUCUUCGGAGUGGCUGGGCUAAGUAUUAUAUGCGCAAUGUCUGCUGAGCGCUACCUCGCGAUAUGCUGCCCUUACACUUACCAAAGAUGGGGAAUUGACCAACAUUUUGCACGCAAGUGCUUGUUUUGCAUUUAUCUCAGCAACAUUGCAUUUUGUUGUCUCCCAGUGAUGGGUAUGGCUGGAAGCAUUUGUCAGCCCUCCAAAACGUGGUGCUUCAUCAACUGGAGGGCUGAUAAGACACUGCCUGCAUCAUAUUCGUUUUUAUAUGCCAGUGUGAGUUUUUUACUGAUAUUGAUGACGAUAGUACUCAACUUUGCAGUUUGUGGCAAUCUGUUGAUAAUGCGUCGCAGGAAAAUCCAAAGUCCAGUUACAAGAGGGAGCGCACGGGCGCGCUGGAAAGCGCUUUCCUCCGGCGUGGAAGCGCAAAUGAUGACGGUGCUCAUGGUGACCUCCGUGGUUGUUUUAGGUUGCUCAGCGCCGCUGGUGGUACGCGUAUUUUCUAACCAGAUAACAUGGACCGAGAAUUCCCAUGCAGAUUUGAUGGCUAUUCGGAUCGCCUCGGUCAACGCCAUCCUUGACCCUUGGAUCUACAUCCUUCUGAGAAGGACUUUGUUCCGUAAGAUUCAGAGAUUCUCUAAAGUGUUUUACAUUGGUCGCAAAGGCAAAGCACCCAUGUUGCCAGUAAAAUCAUCACAAAGGACAUUCCACUACCAAGGAGACAUUACAAACACCCAUGUAUUCACACCUCUGUGAAGCGCCUUGCAUAAAAAAGCAUAAUUCACCUGCCCGCCACAGUCGCCUAGUGCGCUCACGUCACCCAGGGGGGACAAAGCUUGCCAUUUCUCCCCACAAGUUGUCCGAUAUCCAGUCUCACAAUGUGUUCUGUCGAUAUAAUUGAUGAUGGGUGGCAAUUCACCUGUUUUAAAUAUAUAACUUUCAAAAACAGUAGAUUAAUUAAACAAAUUAACCAUGUAACAGUUCAAUUAUAGAUAGUACUAUGGGCUCAAGCAUUUGGCUCAAUCACAGCUAUGUAUAUGUUUUACACAAACAAUAAAUAUUACAUUGUGAAGUUAAAGAGAUCCGUUUGUAUAAACACCAGGUGUGUUUAGUGCUGCUAACCAAUUCAGACUUUAAGUUCAUUGGUAAUAUCAAUGAGCAAAGAGUGGGUCUACGGAAUGAUUAGGUUUUUGAGUUUGUUUAGUGUUGGCCUGAGAUGACCCCUUGUUUUUCCCCAUUGUGGCCACAGAGAGGUUGUUCAUUACUUGGUUAAAGGUCCAAUGCAGCCGUUUUUAUCACAAUACCAAAUCAUUUCCGGAUAACAAUUAAGUACCUUACUGUGAUUGUUUUGAAUUAAAAUGGUCAAUUAACACAAAUAACUUCUUGGCAAAGAGCAAUUCUUCAAGCAAUAAUUAUGCUAGGACUCUCUGGGAUUGGUCUGAGCGGGGAGGCUCAAACGGAAAAAUAGCUAUUGGCAGAAAGGUUUCGAACUCUCUUCCUUAUUGGUCUAUUUGGUGAUGUCACCAGGCAGACCAAAAUUGCAUCCCACCCAAACAGGCAGAAAUUUCAGGAGGCCUUUUCAAACAGCUCUUACACUAAAAGGGCAUUAAACAUAAUUUUCACAAUUUUACAGUAUUAUUCCAACCUUAUAGUGUGGAAAUAUAUAUAAAACACACCAAAAAAUCAAGUUUUUGUUUGCACUGAGCCUCUAACCAAGACCCUUGUUGAUAGAGUCACUGUGUCAUCACCCUUAGCGGUGUUGGCAGAAAGCGGAUGUUGCAAGAUCAGGGAUACUUCUCUUUCCCCUGAAAAACGGAAGUGGGGACUUCACUUAAAUAUGGUUUUUACCAGAGGUGGCGCCUCCCCUUCACAACGAAUCAUGCCAAUGCUUUUCUUUUCUUGAAACUUGCAUAAAGUAGAGCAGAGCUCAACUUUUUCUACCGCUCUGCUAGCAGGGUUCUCGCUGCUCACUUUCCCACAAUCUCCCUCACAUUUCUCUGUGUUCCCUCAUUGAAAAUGAAAAGGGGGAAAAACUUCUCCUGCCGAAUUCGCUGUUGGUGAAAACCCACUGUCAGGCGUCAUUCUAUCCCUGUUAUGUUACGUUACUGUGCCAUAGACCCUUGAGGGGCUAAUGGAUCAAGCUCAAAGGCAGUUAAUGCACAAGAUGUAGUUUAAUCUCCCGGAUCUACACUGUACCCUGAAGGGGCAACAAACGCAAAGUAACAGACAUUUCACAUCAGACACUUUGGUGUCUCUUCUGCAGAGUUGUAAACAACCUCAGAGGAGCAGGAUGUGUCCAAGAGUUUUUCUCAAAACUUUGGACUGAAUUCUAAACACUGUCCAGCAACUAUACUUGCAACUGCAGUUACUCUCAAAAAACAGGCGUUGAACUUUGUCAUGGAGGUCAUGGGAGAGAGACUCCCCAGGGAGAUGAUUAGUUUCCCUAGGUUGUGUUCCUAUUUUCUACCCUUCACCCAGAAGUGUUCACUUCCACUCAUGCAUUUAAAAGUAUUGGAUUGGUGAAAGCGGCUGGAGGGACUUUCCACCUGUUCCUUUUAAAGGAAUGUACUGGCACAAAUCAACGUUUAUUGGUCACCUACAUACACAGUUUAGCAGAUGUUAUAGCAGUUGCAGUGAAAUGCUUAUGUUGCUAGCUCCUAACAUGCAGUAAAAUGUCAAACAAGUAUCCAAAUACUUAAAAUAUUUGUAAAAAAGUACAGCAAAAAAAAAAAACGUUGGUAAGAAUCCAAUUAAUAACCCAAAUAGCACUGUAACAGUAAUCAAAAUGCAAUCUAUACGUUUGUACCAUAGACAUUCAAAUCAGGUUUGUACACCAGCAGAAUUUACACAAUAUAUACUAAGAAUGAUAUGUACAGCAGUAUAUAUAUAUAUUAGAGUGAGCUAUGUCAAGAAUCCAGUAUAUAAAUAAAUAUGCAGUGUGUAUAAACAGUGUAACCAAAUACAAAGUACAGUAGUAGAAGUAUUAGAAUGAGCUAUGCCGGGGAUAUACAGUAUUUAAAUACUCUGUGUGAAACAGGUAGUGUCCAAUGUUUCAAUGUCUCUAUGACAUGGGACAGCAGCGUUAGCUGUGUGCGUGUGUGUGUUUGUGAGUAUGAGGUGUGUGAGUGAGCAUUAACUGGUUGACGGUUAGUGAUGGCUGUUCAACAAUCCGAUGGCCUGGUAAUAGAAGCAGUUUUUUGUCUCUCGGUCUUGGCACUGAUGCACCUGUACUGAUUCCGUCUGCUAGACGGUUGCCGAGUAAACAGUCCAUGGCUCAGGUGACUGAGGUCCUUAAUGAUCUUCUUGGCCUUCCUUUGAUCCCGAGUGCUGUAAAUGUCCUGGAGUGCAGGCGGUGUACCACCGGUGAUGCGUUGGGCUGACUGCAACACCCUCUGGAGAGCUAUGUGGUUGAGUGCGGUGCAGUUGCCAGACCAGGCAGUGAUGUAGCCCAACAGAAUGUUCUCAGUGGUGCAUCUGUAGAAGUUCCUUCCAUAAUCUCAUCAUCCACCUGAGGUAGUAGAGGCGCGCUGUUGCGCCUUCUUCACCACGGUGUUGGUGUGGUGAGACCAUUUCAGGUCGGCUACCCUCACCACCAGUGGUCGGCCAGUCAGUCACACAGGGAGAUUAGACCUAAGGCACUGAGCUUAGUGACGAGCUUGGUGUUAAAAGCUGAGUUAUAGUUGAUGAACAGCAUUCUCACAUAGGUAUUCCUCUUUUCCAGGCGGGACAGCGGGAUGUGCAGUGCAACAGCGACUGCGUCGUUUGUGGAUCUAUAUGCAUAUUGUAAUGGUUCAAGGGUGUCGGGUAUGGUGAAGGGGAUAUGGUCCUUGACUAGCCUCUCAAAGCACUUCAUGAUGACAGAUAGUAAUUUAGUUCAGUGUGCUUCGGUACAGGAACAAUGGUGGCCAUCUAGAAGCAAGUUGGAUGACAGAUUGGGAUAUUGAGAGGUUGAAAAUGUUCGUAAACACUCCAGCCAGCUGGUCUGCGCAUGCUCAGAGAACGCGGCUUGGGAUGCUAUCUGGGCUGGUAGCCUUGCGAGGGUUAACAUGUUUGAAGGUCCUACUCACGUUGACUACAGAGAUUGGGAGCCCUGCCUUCGUGAGCAGCGGGGGACCAUGUCAUCGACUCUUGUGUUGUUUUCCUCAAAGCAGCCGAAAAGUGUGUAUACUUUGUGAGAAGGUUAGAGUGGAACAGCCCAUACGAAAAAGUAAUAUAUGACAAUACUUAUCUAAUCAAGAUAUUUGUUUAUUUUUCACUUUUAAAUUAUUUUAUUUUUUUACAAAUGUUGUAGAUCGUUGACAAAAAAAUGACAAUUAAAUCCAUUUUAAUCCCACUUUGUAACACGAUAAAAUGUGGAAAAAGUCAAGGGGUGUGAAUACUUUCUGAAGACACUGUAUAUGUCCCUUAUCUCACAAUACCUGCAUUAUUUCAGUGAUACUUGUAGUCAUAGUACUUGUAGCCAUGGUAAUAAAACAUUAGAACAAACACAAAACAAUAAAAACUUAAUUUCAUCCUAUUCAUUAAAUGUUUCUCUCAUCACUUCUUAAUUCAGCCAUUUUACUGUUGCAAGCCGUUCCCACCUGUCCCUUUGUUACACCCGGGAAGCACUCUUGCCAGCAUCUGUGGAAGGAAGCAACAAAUAGAAGAUAAAGAGCACAUAGAACAGUUAAUGGUUGGGUUUGGGCUCAUAAAUUAAGAGAUAUAUUAUUAUUUUUUAAAUUGAAAAACAAUUAUCAGAUUCAGUUUAAUAAGAAAUCCUUGACCAUUAAUGCCUUAUUUGCAAUGACCGAUUUAUACAUUCAAUUAAGGGAUGAACUUUUUUACACCUUAUAGUCAGUCAUAUUGUUCCUUGCCCUGAAAGUAGAAACUGUAAUCCAUGGUUAGUUGUUAACUUGAGAGGAUUUGGCCACAAACAUUGAAUUUUGUCUAAUUGCCACCAUAACCUAUCAUGUUUUUGUUAGCCAUCUGACUUUAAGGUGUAAAAAAGUUAAAUUGACCCCAACCCUGUUAUGGGGUAUACAUUUUUAGAGGGAUACCGUGAGAUUUCGAUGAACUCAUCAAUACCAUUUUUAUGUCUCUGCGUGCAGUUGCAUCUGUCUCAAUGGCACCGUCUCUGUGCUUACAGACGCCAUAAUGAGACAGAUACAAUGUUUGCGAACUCUGUACAUAUCUAUGUGCCAACGGGACAGAGAAUGAGGAAGUGGAUAGAAUGUUUCAAAUUAUUAUUAGUAAAAUUAAUAAAAUGUAUAAAAUAUUUAUUACUAUGUAUAGCUUUGUAAGACUAUAAAUGACCAACAGCUUUGGAGUAGUUAGGUCUAUUUCCCAGUUUUUUUUUCAAGUUUCUUUUCUUCCAUUUCCCUGUUUGAGAGGAGCUGGCUACUGUGGGAGACUUAGAGUAAUUGCGCUAAGCUAACAAAAUGCUAACUUCAAUCAUCUCCAAACUACUCGCAGACACAUACAAAUGGUUUCCAUUAGUUCGUAUGACUCAGGGGCUAUUAAAAAAGCAACCUAAAUCUUGAAAUAUAGCAGAAUCCCUUUAAGCCAUGUCAGUGUCUGAAAUAAUAUUCACCAUUCUUUCUGCCAUGAGUCAUUAAUAAGUCAAAUAUUUUUAUAUAUAUCAUGACAAUACCUGCACACUUAAAUGCUUUUUUGCAAUCGAUUAACAAAAACCUACUCACUUUUUUCAGGAUCUGUCUUUUUCUCCCCUUUUAGUUUUGCCACCUAGAAUUGUUCAAAUGAAAUAAGUCCUAAAUAAUUAUCCGAAGUCAUAAUGACACAGCCAGAUAUUUACAUUUGAGUUAGGUCUAAAGAUAACGUCUCUGGCUUAGCUCUACAAUGCUAGAAAUAAUACAUUCCUAUACAUACUGUACCACAGCCAUUGCCCCAUAUAAUUACAAUGAGUAAAACUGGCAUUCUCAUUUGAAAACAGUGUUAGUUUGGGUGAACAGCAAUUAGCCUCUUUCAUAGGCGAAACAUCUCCGGUUACCUGUUAUCCUUAUAUGUGCAUUAUGAGAUGGAGACCCCACAAAAAUGACCCAAUGUGAUUGACCACAAUGAAAUGCAGUUAGCAUCUAACCAGAAGUGCAAAUAAAAGAGUACAAAAAAAAUGUACAAAUGAAACAAUUAAAUAAUAUACAAUCUAAGUGGGAUGUAUAAAUGUGCAAUGAAGGCAAAUUGAAAGUGCAAGGAGGCAUGCAACUGAAAUACAGGGAGAGCAGCAGAGGUUACCAAGGUAGACAUGUACAUGUACAACUGAAAAAUGUCCUUAAUCAGACUUUGCAAAGCAAUAUCAGAGUCCAGUAAUACAGUGAAGAGUGCAAAGAGAGUAAUGCAACAAGGUCCCUGAGAGGCAGUACUAAGCAGUGGGCGGGUGGAUAUGGCUAGUGCUGUGUCACCGAGUUCAGCAGGGUUACAGUAGCUGGAAAGAAACUGUUCUUGAGCCUACUAGUGCGGGAACGUAGAGACCUGUACCGUCUACCUGAUGGUAGGAGGGCAAACAGUUUGUAGCAUGGAUGUGAAGGGUCCCUGAUGAUGCCUCACGCCCUAUGCAGACACCGCUUGCGCUGGAGGUUUACGAUGGCAGGGAGCUGGGCACCAGUGAUGUGCUGUGCGGUUUUCACCACCCAUUAUUGCAGGGCCUUCCGGUCAGCCACGGAGCAUCCGCCUAACCACACUGUGGCGCAGUUAGUCAGAAUGCUCUCGACCGUGCAGCGGUAAAAGUUCACCAGGAUCUUGAGAGACCGGCGGGCCUUCUUCAGCCUCCUCAAAAAGUACAGGUGCUGCUGUGCCUUUUUGACCAGGGUUGAGGUGUUGAGGGUCCAGGAGAGGUCCCCGGAGAUGUAGACACCCAGGAAUUUGAAGCUGGGCACACGCUCCACCUCAAUGCCAUCAAUGAGAACUUGGGCGUGGUUGCAGCUUUUAGACUUUCUGUACAAUGUGAUGCCAUAACCUUACGGGCAGCCACAACUAUAGUGUACAAAAAUAAAUAUUCAUACUUUCAUAGGUUUCUGUGCAUUUUCAAACAAAAUAUAAACCUACAAUAGUUAUCUAUGCCAUCUCAAUCUAAUCUCAAAAUGAGAUGACAAGUAUCAUCUACAGUAGCUACAAGAAACAAAGUAGUCAUAAUGUUGCCAAAUGCAAUUAGAAAAUAAUUCAUCUCUACGUGUGAGAUUUAUGUAUGGUUUUUAAAUACAUGCCAUGUAUAUUGUUUUCAUUCUGGAAUACAUUUCAAAGCAAUAAAUGCACUGAACAAGAAAACCAAAUGUUCCGAGUACAUUUUGCAUGAUGAAAAUACAUAUCCAUGUUAUUUUUUUACAAUGGUGUAAAUUACUUAUGUGAAAAUAAUUUAAAGUACUACUUAAGUAGUUGUUUGGGGUAUCUGUACUUUUACAUCACUACAUUCCUAAAGAAAAUAAUGUACUUUUUACUCCAUACAUUUUCCCUGACUCCCAAAAGUACUCAUUACAUUUUGAAUGCUUAGCAGGACAGGAAAAAUGGUCCAUUCACACACUUAUCAAGAGAAUAUCCCUGGUCAUCCCUACUGCCUCUGAUCUGGUGGACUCACUAAACACACAUGCUUCAUUUGUAAAUUAUGUUUGAGUGUUGGAGUGUGCCCCUGGCUAUCCAUCAAUAAAAAUGUAAAA